AUCACAACGCCUACGAAUAAAAAUAUUUUAUUAUGAAAACUUCUGUUAUACUAGCCUAAUGAACCGAUGAAACCAGAAACAAUUGGUGAUUUUAAAAAAGACAUUUGGCUAUGAAGUAAUUUUUAAAUUUUGUUCAAAACGAUUUACUUCGUACUAAAAUAUUCGAUAUUCGAUUAGUGACUAGUGUACCUACGAAACGAAACGACCGCACCUAUCUUUGUUGUGUACUGUGAAUAAGUGUGGAAUCGUUAUGAGUAGCCCCUCAUAUUAGUUCUAAAUAUUUGAUGCGGUCUAUUAGACGACAUAAAAUGAAAUAUUAUUUAGAUAAACCGGUUUUGUUAUUAUUACUAUCUAUUAGCUCGGCGUUAGCUAGAGAAGUUCCGUCACCCCCUUAUAUAGUUAAACAGCCGCCGACAGACGAAGUGCUAUUUCAAGUUGAAUCGAAUGGAGAAACAGAUAAACCGUUUUACAUAGAGUGUGAAGCUAUCGGGGAACCUGCUCCAAAAUACUAUUGGAUAAAGAAUGGUAAACCGUUUAUGUGGCAAACGUAUGACGAUCGAAUUUCUCAACAGACUGGGCGUGGUACACUUUCAAUAUCUAGGCCUUCAGAUGUAGAUCUCGGACAGUACCAGUGCUUCGCCGAAAACCAGUAUGGCACGGCAACAUCGAAUUCUGUAUUUAUGCGUAAAGCAGAACUGAACUCUUUCAAAAGUAGUCAACCAACAUCACUAUCAGGUCGGGAAGGUGAACCUUUCAAUUUAACAUGUCAACCACCUGAUGGAUGGCCCAAACCCAUUGUGAGCUGGAUAUAUUUCUACACAAAUGAUGCUAUGAAGACUAUCAACAGCUCUCGAAUGACUCUAGAUCCCGAAGGAAAUCUAUGGUUUUCUAAUCUUACUAAAGAAGACGCAACAAAUGAUUUUAUGUACGCUUGUGCAGCUGCAUCCCCUACAAAAUUCGAAUAUAAAUAUGGAAAUAGGGUACUGUUAAACGUUGAGUCUUCUGGAGUUUCGGCUUCCCAAAAUAAAUAUCCUCCCGUUCUUCAGUACGUUACUAGGAAAAAUGAGGUUGCAUAUAGAGGAAAAAGUGCCAAGUUAUACUGUAUUUUUGGAGGAACACCACUUCCCCAAACAGUUUGGUCGAAGGAUGGCAGGAUAGUCCAAUCUUCCGAUCGAAUAACUCAAGGAAAUUAUGGAAAAUCCUUGAUAAUAAAGAUUAUCGAUUUUGAAGAUGAAGGAACAUAUACAUGUGAAGUUAGUAAUGGUGUUGGCGAAGCCAAGUCGUAUUCAAUCAACCUGAAAGUAUACGCCGUUCCAUAUUUUAUUAAAGAGCCGGAACGUAUAAAUGCUGCAGAAGACGAAACUGUGGAAUUUGUUUGUGAAGCCGGUGGUGUCCCUGAACCGGAAAUCAAAUGGAUACACAAUGGUAAACCAAUAGCAGAAGCAUUUUCUAAUCCUAGGCGUAAGGUAUAUAAAAAUAAAAUCAUGAUAGAAAAACUGGCAAAGAACGAUACUGGAAAUUACGGUUGCAAUGCUACUAACAGUUUGGGUUAUGUCUACAAAGAUGUUUACGUUAAUGUAUUGGCUUUGCCUCCUGAAAUAACGGAAGCACCUAGAGAUACUCAGGCAGUAGAUAAUCAGAACGUAAACAUGACUUGUAAAGUAUUGGGAGCUCCAAAACCAAAUAUAAAAUGGAUGCUUAAUGGAAAGGAAUUAACUGGCGGACGAUAUCAAGUUCAGUCAAAUGGCGAUCUACUCAUAAAUUCGGUACAAUUUGACGAUAAAGGCAAUUAUACAUGCUAUGCUGAAAAUAAAUUUGGAAAUACUAGCGCCAGUGCCAAAUUAGACGUUAAAGCUCAUACCUACAUCACUGACGGUCCAGAAGACUAUGAAGUAGAAGCUAAAUCUAUUGCUACCUUUAGAUGUAACGCAGUUGCUGAUGAAUCGCUGAAUUUGGAAAUAUUCUGGUUGAAAAAUGACCAACUGAUUGACUUUGAAGGAGAACCAAGAUUUGUAAAAUCUACGGAUUACUCCUUAACUAUAACUAAAACAAAUGAACUGGAUUCUGGAACAUACACUUGCUUGGCUAAAACGGAAUUAGACGAAGCAUCUGCAAAGGCUCAGCUUACUGUUCAAGAUGUACCAAAUCCACCAAUGAUGAAAGGUGUUACAUGCCACGAGAAAGAUGCAACUAUUAAUUGGAUGCCAAUGGGAGAUAAUCGUGCCCCAAUCUUGUAUUACAUAAUACAGUACAAUACGAGUUUCAAUCCUGAAGAAUGGAAGGAUGUUUUCAAUCAUGUACCAUCCGUAGAUAUGACCUACAACGUACCGAUGAACCCUUGGGCCAAUUAUACAUUCCGUGUAAUUGCCGUCAAUAAAAUUGGCCCGUCGACCCCUUCUUCUCAUUCUGAUGUGUGUACGACAAACCCUGAGGUACCCCAUAAAAAUCCGGAUAACGUACAAGGCGAAGGCGACCGCCCUGAUAAUUUAGUGAUAUCUUGGACACGUAUCCCUCAAAUUGAACACAAUGGUCCGGGAUUCAAGUAUCGUGUUUACUGGAGACGAGAUAUCAUUGGAAAAGAUUACGAUGAACCAGAAGAAAUACAUGAUUAUAAUCAGGAUAAGUUGGUUAUCGAAAAUCAGCCGUCCUUCCAACAAUACAGAAUAAAAGUAGUUGCAGCCAAUGACCUCGGUGAUGCCAAUGUUGCUCCUCGGGAAGUGAUAGGUUAUUCGGGGGAAGACAAACCAGAAAAAGCACCAACUAAUUUCACAUUAAAAAAGCUGCAAGGCCCUACUACUGCAUUGUUAAGUUGGGAGCCUGUUCCCCAUGAAACGGUUAGAGGACAUUUUAAAGGAUACAAGGUAAGGACAUGGAGUGACAAUUCUCUAGUAGCCAAAGAAAUUCAAGUUCAAGGAGGCAAUUCCCAGGCUCUUGUUAGCAAUUUCGAUCCAUAUACGAAAAAUUAUGCUCAAGUUUACGUUUUCAAUGAAAAAUACAAUGGUCCACCAAGUGUAACUCUUACUUUCCAAACUCCAGAGGGAAUACCGGGAGAAAUGCAAGACUUAGAAGCUAUUCCACUGGGUUCAUCGGCGUUUAUGCUUAAGUGGGAAGAACCUGACAAACCAAAUGGUAUAUUAACCGGUUACAAUAUUUAUUACGCUCAGGUGGACAACAGUAUGAAAGUUUAUCAGCCAGUUCCCCGAAAUCCACAAAUUAGAGAUCCUACUAGAAAAAGGGCUAAACUUGCGGGUCUUCAGCCAGGUACAAAGUACCGCAUUUACAUUAGCGCUACAACCAGUGUUGGGGAAUCUAAAAGAUUUUUCAUCGAAAGGCAAACUAAACCUCCGGGAAGCUAUAAACCUUCGCCGCCACAUUUUGACUGGUACCUAAUAAAAGAUGGACUAUCCCCCUCCGUAAAAGUUCACUGGUUACCAAGCGAAGAUGGCGUACCAGGGUCCCACUUUUUAGUUAAAUAUAGAAAACAGGGAGAGACGAACUACUUGGAGACUGAACCCGAGUAUAAUGAAGACUUUCUAGAAGUUGCUGGGUUGGAAGCUGCAACGAAAUACGAUUUUAUUGUAACAUCUGUCGAUGAUAAAUAUUACGUUGACAGUGAAUCUCAGGAAGUUAGCACUUACGAUGUUGAUGGACCUAUCAUUAGACACAAAGAAAACGUGGCAACUGCGGGGUGGUUUAUCGGAAUGAUGCUUGCAAUCGCUUUCUUACUUCUGGUUCUUAUCAUAGUAUGCAUUUUCAAGAGGAACCGUGGUGGAAAGUAUGCCGUACACGAACGGGAACAAGCAAAUGGUAGACAUGACUAUCCUGACGAAGGGGGUUUCCACGAGUAUUCUCAACCGCUGGACAAUAAAUCGCAUGGCAGAGCUUCCAUGAGCAGUGAACCAAAGAUUGGCCCAGAAAGCGACACCGAUUCUAUGGCGGAGUACGGCGAUGGCGAUACUGAGGGUAUGAAUGAAGAUGGUUCUUUUAUCGGACAGUAUGGUCGAAAACGGGGUCAGGGUGAAACCACAUCUCAAGGAUUUGCGACAUUGGUUUAAUACGUCGCUUUACGGAGGAUGGAUCUUUCAUCGGGCAAUAUGUACCUAGUAACAUGAAGCAACUGGGCAACUCGGGAGCUACCCAAGGAGCAAACAAUAAUGCAAUGGCUACCUAUGUUUAGAUAAUUCAUGUGAAAUAGCUUUCAAUGUUGUGUAUAUCUCUGAUAAACUUUAUUUCAAGAAUACUAAUUCCAAAAUAAUUGUUAUUAACAUAUUUGCCAUUUAAAGAUGUGUUCUUUUUGUUUGCUUAAAAGUGAUCUUGUAGUUAAAUUCGUCCAUAUCAGUUUUAAGUAAGUUCUGUUGUUCAUAAUCGAAAUGAAUUUGAAGGUAUAUAAUAGAUGGUAAUAUAUUUUGUUGUUUAUUUCUUUUAAAAGUACAGUUAGGAAACUGUAUCUUUAAAAUGAAACUGUGUUUGUUAAGUGCUAACGGGACUUUAUUGUUUAUGUAUAUUAUUACGAUAAGUUUAUCAAAUAGAUUAUGCUUAUUUCAGUGACUAAUGAGAGUUUGACUUUCCGUAAGCCACUGAAACUUUGUACUCAAAUAUGCAUAUUAUUAUCUUAAGAUAUUCGUAAAGCAUAAUCUAAAUGCUUUUAAAAUAUUUAGGUGAAACUCGACCUCAAAGUGAAUAUAGGUUUAGGCAUUCAAAGAUAUUUGUAACUAAUUCAUUUUAGGGCAUUAAAGAAUAAACCGUUUUACCAACUUAUUGAGUUAGAUAGACAUCAGAAAUAUAAAAAAAUGCAGCAAAAUGAAUUUGUUAUUGGAAGUUUGAUUGAUAUUUUUAUAUAUUUUUAUUAUUGACACUGCCUUAUUUAUCGGUAAAUAUUUCGUAAUUAGGGGUAUUAUUUUUAUUGAUGUUGCUACCACUUUAGGCACGGUACUAUUAAAUAAAUAAUCAAAAUUUAAUAUAUAAGAUUCUUCUGUAGACGACGUGCAGACCAAAAAAUUUAGUUUUACAUAAACUUAUACAGGGUGCCUCAGUUUCUAAUUAACAAAUAUUAACAGAAUCAAAGCUGCUACACCUUCACUUAAACAAAUGUUUAUGUUUUUAAAUUUUAUGACAAAUUACUGAUUUAUAUUGAAGAACAAGAUUUAUUACUUGUUUAUAACAUAUUAAGAGAUUUUAAAAUUUAUUAUGCUAUUUGUUAAAUGUUUAAUACCGAAACUAUUAAUUUAAACUGAAUUGUAGGUAACAACAACUUUAAAAUCGUAUGUAAAUAAUAAUUUAGCAGUACCAACAUAUUUUCAUUUCUGUGUGGUACGUGAAAAUUAUGUACCCAGGUAGAAACACUAUUUGAGACUGAAAAGUAAAAUCUAUUUAAUGGAAAGGGCCCAUUAACUUCUGAAUUAUUAUUUUGUUUAAUGAAAUCAAGACAUGUAACAGAGUCAAAAAAGAAGUUGUGAAUUUUUACCUGGAUGUGGAAAUCUCUAUACACCAAUAGUGAGGUGGUUGUUCCACACUUUUUCUGGCUCGGUCAAUUGAAAUUAAGAUAAUUUGCUGCUUAAAAUUAUGGCGGUGCUAAUAUUACUAUUAAUUUGUUGCGUGUUUCUAGUUAUGUUUCACGUAACAUGUUGGAUGAAUUUUUUGAUUUUAGAGUUAAGAACUAAUUCCAGCUUAUACUUUUUAUAUAUUAGGUAGACUGGCUUUCGUAAGUGUAAAGUAUAUAUUUUGUAAGCACCAUGUAUUAUUUUUAUAUAUACCUACCUAGGUGUACGUAUUGAUUGAUUGGCAGGAUUUUUGCUUUGCACUGUUGUAUAUUAGGUAAGAUUUUUCAAUAUAUUUAUAUUUAUUAAAUAUAACUGCUUUGCUAGUUAUUCACAAAAAUAAUUAGAUUAUUUUUUUAUUGUACAAAUAAAGUAAGUCUAAAAUCUAUGAGCAGCUUAAUAUGUAUCAUAACAAUUUUGUAUUUAGUUCGUUAACAUAUAAUUUGGUAAAAAAGUUUUUCUUAAAUAAUUAUCCUUAGUUUCAAACAUGGCAUCCUAUAUUUUGAGUAACUUCUUUUUUACCAUAUUGUAGAUGACUUUAGUUGUAGAUUUUUUUAUACAGAAAAUGGUUUACAUAAUAUAUUGUCAUAAUUUUUGCACAAUAAAAAU